UCGUUUUAGGGCGGGAUUAGAGGGCAAUCCAGCCAACCAAUCAUGACUCUCCGUGCCGACCAAUCAGGUGGUAGGAUGAGUUUACUUCCUGUUUGGCCGAGGGAAUCAUUAUCGGUCAGUUACACGGACGGAGAUCAUGGGGGGCAUCAAACAGGAGCAGAGUGAUGCAGCACAGCAGUCCAGACCUUCACAUUCAGCAGAUCAACCCCAACAAGAGGAGCCAAAGAAGAGAGGCUGGCCGAAGGGCAAGAAAAGAAAGAAGGUGCUACCAAAUGGUCCCAAGGCACCAGUAACAGGAUAUGUCCGCUUCCUGAACGAACGCCGAGAGCAUAUGCGCGCCAGAUACCCUGACUUACCUUUCCCAGAAAUCACCAAGAGGCUCGGAGCAGAGUGGACACGAUUAGCCCCGAAUGACAAACAGCGCUACCUCGACGAGGCGGAACGGGAGAAGAUGCAGUAUGCCCAGGAGCUGAAGGAGUAUCAGCAGACUGAAGCCUAUCAGAUCACCAGUGCCAAGAUACAAGACAAGAGGAUCAAGAAAGAAGACACUCCAUCUGUUAUCAUCAGUACUAGUUCAGAGUCGUCAGUAUCAAAGGCUUCUGACCUCACAAGCAGAUUCGACAUCCCUAUCUUCACAGAGGAAUUCCUUGAUCAGAACAAAGCUCGAGAGGCUGAGUUGCGACGGCUCCGUAAGGCCAACAUUGAGUUUGAGGAGCAGAAUGCAGUGCUUCAGCGACAUAUUAAAGACAUGUACAACGCUAAAGAACGCCUGGAGGCUGAGCUGGGGAUGGAUGAGAAGCGUACACAGGCUCUUCACCAACACUUGCUGGCCAUCAAACACACAUUGGUCAACAGUCUGUCAUCAGUCCCCCUGCCAGGUACAGGAGAGACAGCAUCUCAUGGGAACCUGGACUCAUACCUGAGUCGUCUCAGUGGAGUGCUGGAAGGAAACCCUCACAAGCAUCGUGCACUGCUCUCCAAGCUUUGUGAAGUCCUCUCUCAUCUGGACAGUGAGAAGUUGUGAGGAGGCUGCAGCUGGAGACACUUUCAUUCCCCUAUCAGAGGGACAUGUGACAGGCUCCGUGGUAUUAGGUCAAGUCAGUGCCAUUCAACAGAGCAUGUGGCUAUAUCAAAGGAAAUAAAGGCAAGGGUACAAACACCACACACACAGUCCAUGUCUACAUGCCUCUUCUUUAUGAAUAUAUGUAUUCUGUAGAAUAUGUGUAUUCAUGCACAUGAGUUUUUGUGAAUGUAAAUCUGUGUGGCGGUGUGGAGGGUUUUUACAGUUCAGGAAUUAAAUGCAAUGUUAUAUCAUCUUUUGAGCUGCUUAAAUUAAGUCAAAAUUAGAUCAACCCUAAACCUGUUGUGACCUGUCCAAUAAGACAAGCCUAAUUUUUUAGUUUACAAUAAAUGCCAGUUGGCAUUUGGUGGGUGGGGAAUGUGUACGUAGUGUUAUUUAGAGUGCAUGAAAAAAGAAACUGGAAAGGGUGAAAAUUAAAUGUUGGGGUUUACAUGUUUGAAUUUACAUUGAUAAUGGGGGGCUGGGGGGGGCAGCUGGAUGGGCAGGCAGUUUCACCUGUUGUGAGAAUAUUAUAUAUUUGUGAAGUAUAUUUGUAUUUUCUGAAAUGUUCAUUAAACCAUGCUGAAAAUGUUUCCAGCAAAAAGUGAA